AUGCAUGAAAAUGUCCAUAACUAUUCACUGCACAGGGAAUUCUAUCUUCUGGCAUUUAUAAGAUAUGAAAAUGUUAAGUUAUUGAUUUUUGUUUUCCUUUUAUCAAUUUAUUUAUUUUGUGUGCUUGAAAAUAUUCUUGUUACCAACCUUAUAUGUCUGACCUCCCAGCUACAUACACCCAUGUAUUUUUUUCUAUGUAACCUCACAGUGCUGGAUAUUAUAUAUGUCUCUACUAUCUUACCAAAGCUAAUAGUGAUCACAUUUACAGGAAACAUUAGUAUAUCAUACAUAGGUUGCUUUACACAAGUUUUUCUGUAUGUCUUCUGUAUUGGAACUGAAUUUUUCCUCCUCGUGUGUAUGGCCUAUGACCGAUAUGUGGCCAUUUGUAUUCCUCUACAUUAUGCACUUAUUAUGGUAAAGAAAACAUGCUUAUCAUUAUCCACGUUCUGUUGCAGUCUCGGCAUAUUUAAUGCUAUGAUGUAUCCUUUACUCAUAUCUAAGUUAUCAUUUUCAAAUUACCCAGAAAUCAACCACGUCUUUUGCCAUAUGAAGUCAAUUCUUCAGCUCUCCAUAAGUGACACCACAGCCAUUGACCUUCUAAUAAUUGUAGAUGGUCUUUUGUUAGGUUUCUCCUCCUUUAUGUUAAUUCUUUUUUCAUAUAUGUUCAUCAUAUCCACAAUUCUGAAGAUCAAGACAACAUCGGGAAAACUCAAGAGCUUCUCCAGUUGUUCCUCUCAUCUUACGGUUGUUGUGUUGUUUUGCUCAACUUCUCUUAUUCUUAAUAUGAAACCGGAAAAUAAAUUGUCUAAAGAACAGGAUAAACUUUUUUCUAUGUUUUACAUUGCCGUGGUCCCAAUCUUAAAUCCACUUGUGUACAGUUUAAGAAAUAAAGAUGUCUUAAGAACCUUGAAAAUAAGUAUUUUAAGAAUAAAAAAAAAAGUUUAA